CCAAUAUGUUUUAGCCUUGCUUAAGGGGUAUACCUGACGUUUAAUUGCUUCUCCCCGCUUCCCUCGCUCUCUCUCUCUCUCUCUCUACCCCCUGUUCUUUUCUGCUCUCCCUUUCUCACUCUCAAUCUUCUCCUCUUCGAAGUGUUUACAAGGUCUUCUCCAUUCGGUGCCGCCCUCCGUCUCUUUGUCGUUGCCGGCGACGGCUACACCCUCGUUGCCAUUCGGGACUACUUUUUUGUGAUACACUUCUUCUCUAGCCAUGUUUAAGGUUCCAGAUCAUCAGGUUGCUGGCCACCGGGCCAGUAAUGGAGUGAUUGGCCCUCUCAUUGAUGAUUCAGGGAAUUUCUACAAGCCUCUUCAGAAUGAUGAACGUGGGUCCAAAGAGGUAGCAUUCUAUAAAAAUUUUGCUUUAAACUCUGAAAUUCCAGAUCAGAUCCGCAAAUUUUUCCCCAUCUAUCAUGGCACUCAGCUAAUAGAGGCAUCUGAUGGGUCUGGCUUGCACCCCCACCUUGUUUUGGAAGAUAUUGUCUCUAGUCGCCCCAAUCCAUCUAUCGCGGACAUUAAGAUUGGCUCUAGAACAUGGUAUCUGGAAGCUUCUGAAGACUACAUCUCAAAAUGUCUCAAGAAAGACAGAGAAACAACAAGCCUACCACUGGGGUUUCGGAUUUCUGGACUGCAGAUUUAUGGAAGCAAAGAAUCUGGAGUUUGGAAGCCUGAUAAAAAGUAUCUUAAAAACUUUACUGCUGACGAUGUUAGAUUAGUUUUGAGAAAGUUUGUUUCUUCUAACUCAUUGGAAGAUUCAGGUAAGGAACCGGACUGUUCUUUUGCAUCAACUGUUUAUGGUGGUUCUACAGGAAUCUUGGCACAAUUGUUAGAGCUGAAGGCAUGGUUUGAAGAACAAACUAUUUACCAUUUCUACUCGAGUUCUGUUCUAAUCGUAUAUGAAAAGGAGUCAAUACUGAAAGGCAUGAGUUCAGGUGCUACAGUUAAACUUGUUGACUUUGCACAUGUCAUUGAAGGCAAUGGUGUUAUUGAUCACAACUUCUUGGGUGGGCUCUGCUCUUUGAUAAAGUUUAUCUCGGAGAUUCUGACUUAUGUACCUAAUAAUACAUACAAAGCUUUUCCAAAAAAACCUUAGUAGAGCUGUACUUGCUGAUAACAGCUGGACUCGAGGCUUUUUAAGCAUCCCUCCUGCAACUCAACUGGAGGAUUUUGGUAUCUAAUUUCUGUCUAGGCCUUAACUGUGACUGAAUUUUUUUUUUUUUUUUAAUUUAUGUUUUAUUUUAUUUUUUAAUUUCUUUGUGAUGAAUAAGCAACUUUCCUUGGAAGCCUGGCCAUUGACUACUGCACCAUUGACUGGCCAAGAAGCCUGACAACACAAAAUAAAGGAAAUUUUUCGCUCAA